UCCUUCUUGGAAGUUGGCAUUUUUGUUUGUUUGUUGACUUAUCAACCAGAAAUCGUAGACCGCGGGGAGUGGGCGCUUCCAGAUACUCAUACAAAUAUCUAUCUCCUACUCCUCCUAUGUAGACUUGUAUGUACGGAAGCUCCGUUUGAUUCAAAAUUGUGCCAUUUCUGCACUCGAAUGAGAAGAAGAAGAAGAAGAAGAGGAAAUUGUGGCGGCAUUUCUACCUAGUUUUAGUAUAUGCUUAUGAAUUGGAAUUGGAAUUGGAGCUGAACUCCCUAGCUAGGUUGUGUAGUAAAAUACACAAAAUGUCCCUGAAAUCACCAUCAUCAUCCACAACUUCCUCUGCACCUCCGCAUUCUCAAGCCGCAGGGAAUUCGGCGGAGGACACGCUCAGAUCGACCGCUGAAUCCUCGCUCCUCACCAUCGUCAACUUCAGUCAGAAAUACGCCCACUCUCUCCAAACGAAAUCCUUCGAAGAUAUGUGGUCCAAAAUUCACCCCACCACCGCCCCCCACCAGCUACGAUGGGAGCAGGUGCUUGAUCCAGACCCAAAUUGCGUGGAAGACGCCCUUCUCCACGCCAAGUCCGACACCCUCACCGCUCUCGCCAAACCCUACUUCGACAGCACCGAAAACGCCGCCCAUAUCUGCCACCUCCUUCUCGGCAGCCUCUCUAGUGCGCGAGCCCUCUACGCGGGUCUCCACGCCUUUCUUCCUCUUCACUCUGACUCCCCCUCCCAUUCCUCCUUCACCCAAUCCGAGUGCAACAGUGCCUUCGACCUCUUCCAGGAGUUCGAUCUCCCCGGAAACCCUUUCGCCUCUCAUCACUCCCACAGUUUCGACGGCAUGCGCCACUGCUUCUCCCAGCUCAAGAAACAUCUCCACAAGUCCCGCUCUCGUGUCCGCAGCUGGGGUUGCUGCUGCAAAGAAGCUGCCCGUAUGGCACAACUUGACGAUGCUCUUUCUAGCACUAUUGUUCUAAACGAAGAGCUCAACAACCUCGACUGCCUCGUUCGCCGUCUGUGUGGUGCGGUUGACAAUGACAAGUCCCUUUUUCGCAUGGCCCUGGAGAGGGAAAGCGAAAAGCAUUUCAUCAUUAACAUUAUUUUAACAGACGUAGUCAAAGAUCUCCGCAAGAACCAUCAGAGUUUCCAAGAACUUGAGGAACGUAUAUGCAUAUGCUUUAAAUCCAUCAAUAAGGCCAGAGCUCUACUUCUCCAGGAGAUUCGUCUUCAUCAUACGUAAUUUAGUCUCAAGAGAUUACAGACAUAGGCAAGGAGCUCAAUCAGCUGCUAACUCUCAGGAAAACUUUGUGUACAGUCCAGGCUGAAGCUUCAACAAUUGUGGUGGAAAAGUAUGAGAGGAUUGUAGCGCUUUUCAUGAUUUGGGAAUAGCUUCACACUUGAUUAUCUGGUCUGUGGACCUCUUUCCUGGAGACAACUGAACCAGCUAUAGGCCAUUUCAUUACAUAAUACGAUCAGAUACGUAAGAAAAGAUAUUAGCCUGACAUGAAUGAUGGACAAAGACGCUCAAUUGUGACCUUGGAAGAUGGCUACUAUAUAUGAGCGAUGAAAUGAAAGAAAUAAUUGUUUUGGGUCAAAGACUUUGAUUCUGAAAUUCAUGAAUUUUUUAUCUUCCAUAAGAGAGAGAUCCGAAUAUUCAUAAUUGUGUAGACAGCAAUCUCAUUUUCUCAAAUGAUAAUAUUAUGAAUUUGUUGUAAACCC